CCCCACCCACCACGCGAACCACUUGUCCCUCCUGCGUAGUGAUCUCGUGUGGGCACAAAGCUGCACAAUUUCCACCGUCACUCGGGUGCUGAUAGGGAGACUCCCUAGAAGGCAGGGCGUGUGGUCUGUAGGACUCGUGAGCAGGCUGGGGGCUCCAAGGCCUGGCCGCUCCCACCUGCUAACCACAGCGACCAAUGAAAGCUUGGCCUGGUGAUGUCAUGGCCCGGCCGACCCUUGUGAUGACAGCCGGAGGUCAUCGGUCAGGGGAAUCAGCUCAAGCCCACCCUUGGGGGUUCCGGAAGUUUCCACUGCUGCAGCCGCGUGCAAGUCUCGCCCUGCAGCCUUCUGCAGGCCACUAUGUGGUCUGCCUUCUCAACUGUCCCCGCGUCACCUCUCCUUGCCCUCGGGGGUCUCCUCGUAUGAGGAAGAGCCUGCGUUUCUGUGUCUGUUCCCACAGGUGUCCCUUCAUCUCCAGAGAUGCUCCACGUCAUUUUUUUCUACCAGUGCCAGCUGAGGGGGUCCUCGGCAAGGAUUUCACGUGUCGCUUCUCCUAAGCCACCCCCAUGCUAUGUCGUGGUUACAGAUGCUCAAGUAAUAGGCCUCUGAUCUUUCUGGAUUAGGGCUGUCAUUAUGUCCUUCCGUCCAUGAAAGUCGGUCUGUCUGUGACUUGUCACCGCAGGAGACUGUCGCCUGCGUGAGCGGUGUCUGGUGUCUCCGCAGGCUGCGGUCCGUCUGUCACGUGGGUGUCUGACCCGUCGCUGCAGACAUCCGCCUGUCAUGGCAGUCAUGAGGCCUUCCUGGUAUCCCCUGCACACACCCUCCCUGACAUCUCCCCUCCUCUUCCUCCUCCUCUCCCUCCUGGGAGGAGGAGCAGGGGCUGAGGGCCGGGAAGACCUACAGCUGCUGGUGAGGGUUCGAGGGGGCCAGCUGAGGGGCAUUCGCCUGAAGGCCCCUGGGGGCCCAGUCGCAGCUUUUCUGGGCAUCCCCUUUGCAGAGCCACCUGUGGGCUCACGUAGGUUUAUGCCACCAGAGCCCAAGCGGCCCUGGUCAGGAGUGUUGGAUGCUACCACCUUUCAAAAUGUCUGCUACCAAUACGUGGACACCCUGUACCCUGGGUUUGAGGGUACUGAGAUGUGGAACCCCAACCGAGAGCUGAGUGAAGACUGCCUGUAUCUUAAUAUAUGGACACCAUACCCCAGGCCUACUUCUCCCGCACCUGUCCUCAUCUGGAUCUAUGGGGGUGGCUUCUACAGUGGAGCAUCCUCCUUGGACGUGUAUGAUGGCCGUUUCCUGGCCCAGGUUGAGGGGACCGUAUUGGUAUCUAUGAACUACCGAGUAGGAACCUUUGGCUUCUUGGCCCUGCCGGGCAGCAGAGAAGCCCCUGGCAACGUAGGCCUGCUGGAUCAACGGCUUGCCUUGCAAUGGGUACAAGAAAAUAUUGCAGCCUUUGGGGGAAACCCGAUGUCAGUGACUCUGUUUGGGGAGAGUGCAGGUGCAGCCUCGGUGGGCAUGCACAUUCUGUCCCCGCCCAGCCGCAGCCUCUUCCACAGGGCUGUCCUACAGAGUGGUACGCCCAACGGGCCCUGGGCCACCGUGAGUGCAGGAGAGGCCAGGCGCAGGGCCACACUGCUGGCCCGCCUAGUGGGCUGUCCCCCAGGUGGCGCUGGUGGCAAUGACACAGAGCUGAUAGCCUGCCUGCGGACACGGCCAGCUCAGGACCUGGUGGACCACGAAUGGCAUGUGCUGCCUCAAGAGAGUAUCUUCCGAUUUUCCUUCGUGCCUGUGGUGGACGGGGACUUCCUCAGUGACACGCCAGACGCCCUCAUCAAUGCUGGAGAUUUUCAAGACCUGCAGGUGCUGGUGGGUGUGGUGAAGGACGAGGGCUCCUACUUUCUGGUUUACGGGGUCCCAGGCUUCAGCAAAGACAAUGAAUCUCUCAUCAGCCGGGCCCAGUUCCUGGCUGGGGUGCGGAUCGGUGUACCCCAAGCAAGUGACCUGGCGGCCGAGGCUGUGGUCCUACAUUAUACAGACUGGCUGCACCCUGAGGACCCUGCCCACCUGAGGGAUGCCAUGAGUGCAGUGGUAGGCGACCACAACGUUGUGUGCCCCGUGGCCCAGCUGGCUGGGCGACUGGCUGCCCAAGGGGCCCGGGUCUAUGCCUACGUCUUUGAACACCGUGCCUCCACAUUGACUUGGCCCCUCUGGAUGGGGGUGCCCCAUGGCUAUGAAAUCGAGUUCAUCUUUGGGCUCCCCCUGGACCCCUCGCUGAACUACACCAUGGAGGAGAGAAUCUUUGCUCAGCGACUUAUGAAAUACUGGACCAAUUUUGCCCGCACAGGGGACCCCAAUGACCCUCGAGACUCCAAGACCCCACAGUGGCCACCGUACACCACUGGAGCGCAGCAAUACGUGAGCCUGAACCUGAGGCCCUUGGAGGUGCGGCGGGGGCUGCGCGCCCAGACCUGCGCCUUCUGGAAUCGUUUUCUCCCCAAAUUGCUCAGCGCCACUGACACGCUGGACGAGGCAGAGCGCCAGUGGAAGGCCGAGUUCCACCGCUGGAGCUCCUACAUGGUACACUGGAAGAACCAGUUCGACCACUACAGCAAGCAGGAGCGCUGCUCAGACCUGUGACCCUGGGGGGACCCUCAGGUCUCGUCGCCUUGCCCGAGCCCCUAGCUGUAUAUAUACUAUUUAUUUAAGGGCUGGGAUAUAAUACAACCAAGACCCAGACCCUGUCCACCCCAUCCCGACUCCCCCCCACCAGGGGCUCCCCUUCUGCAUGUCUGGGACCGAGCUCCCAUCCCCGCGGUGCCUUCGCCCCUCCGGGCCGCCAAUAAACUGUUACAGCCACUAGUCUGUGCGACUGGCGGGAAGUUGGGGCGGGGACCGAGACAGUGCUGGAAACAGAAGCCUCAGGAUUGGCGAACAUCGAUGCACCUUGCCUGCAGGAUCCGGCGGAAGCAAGUUCUGGACCCACCCCUUGGGGCGGAGCUUGCGACUGCGCAGCAAGGCUGCUCGUCCACGCCUUUUAGAAGGUUCCGAAA